GCAGUGCGAGUGUUCAAACGGGGGGUAGCAUUUCCAAUAUGGUGGACAUUUGUGAAUGACUGCUCGCGUAUUUUCACACAAAUUAUGUGAAUUUUUCCACUCCAUUGCGUUUUCCGUGUAUUUUAGAUAGCAAUUAGCGAUAAGGACCUGUUGUGCAUGUUAAUUAAGUGCCAAAGUGUGUGAAUUGUGCGUGGACGCGGAUUUUCUGCGGUGUUGUGUCUCCAAAAACAGUUUUAUUUUUCAUUUUCAAUAAUUCCCACAAAUGGCUCAGAAAAAUUGCGAUUAUUGCCCUUUAUCAGCGUGUAGUUGCUGAAUUGCCCUUUUAGUGGACGUGAGAGACAUUCAGGAAGGGGGGUACGUGUUGAUAGAGGAGUGAGUGGCCUGCAGAAAUGGGGCGCGAUGGGCGUGAAGUGAAGAUGCAGCGGAGUCUUCAAGUGUGUUCUUCAAUUGCAAUUAUUUUGGGGUUCAUCUGUUGCAUAUCGGGCUCCGUGGUGGUGAGUAGUAAGCAGCUGGAGUGUGAAUUUUACGAGAUAAAUCGAUGCCGGGAGAAGGGGGAGUGCGAGACAACAAAGCAAAUCUGCGAUGAGGUCGAUGUGGACAAGCAGAAUCAUUGCUACGUGGUGUGGCAGCAGGGAAUCAAUAAUAGCACAGGAGAGCCCACGGUUACGGUGCAGAUGAAGGGAUGUUUCACCCAGAAUGCUGCCUGCAAUCAAACGGAAUGCAUUGACUACACGUACGAGCCGAAGAAUAACAUGAGCUUCUGCUGCUGUCAAGGAAAUUUCUGCAACAGGGAGCAAAAGUGGAUCCCCACCCUUCCCAAAGGCUCAGACACUGAUGAAUUAGAUCCAAAGCGUGAGGAUACAACUGAGAGUGCUUUCAUUAUUGGGAUUCUCUUGGGGUCCUUCCUCGUUAUCACACCAAUUGCCGUCCUUGUUGCGUACUUCCUGCGGAAACGCAGCAAGAAGGCGCAUUUCAAUGAGGUGCCCACAAUUGAACCCGAAGUAACAAGCUCCUCACCAUGUCUCGCCCUUCGUCCCAUCACGUUGAUUGAGAUGAAGGCUCGCGGACGCUUUGGAACUGUCUGGCGGGGUCAAAUGAAACCCGAUGAGGUGGCUGUGAAGAUUUUCCCGCAGCAGGAUAAGCAAUCAUGGCAAACGGAACAGGAGAUCUUUAAGCUUCCACGGAUGCGGCAUCCCAACAUCUUGGAAUUUAUCGGUGCUGAGAAACACAUCGAAAAUUCCCUGACAGCUUUCUGGCUCAUCACGGUGUACCACAAUCGUGGGUCUCUCUGUGACUACCUCAAAGCGUACACAGUGACAUGGACGGAGUUGUGCAAGAUUGCCGAGAGUAUGGCACGUGGUUUGAUGCAUCUGCACGAGGAGAUUCCCGCCACAAAGGGGGAGCAAUUGAAGCCAGCUAUUGCUCAUCGGGAUUUCAAGAGCAAGAAUGUUCUGCUGAAGCACGAUCUCACAGCUUGUAUUGCGGACUUUGGAUUGGCGCUCAUCUUUCAACCAGGAAAACCAUGCGGUGAUACACACGGUCAAGUUGGGACACGACGAUAUAUGGCCCCAGAAGUACUUGAGGGUGCAAUUAAUUUCACACGUGACGCCUUCCUUCGCAUUGAUGUUUAUGCCUGCGGUCUAGUUCUGUGGGAACUUGUAUCACGAUGUUCAGCACAUGGGAGCCCCGUGCCAGAGUACACGCUACCCUUUGAGACUGAGCUUGGACCUCAUCCUACGUUAGAUGAGAUGCAGGAUAAUGUUGUCAUGAAAAAAUUACGCCCAAGGAUCUCAAAUCAAUGGCGAACACAUCCUGGACUGAAUGCAAUGUGCGACACAAUGGAGGAGUGCUGGGACCAUGACGCAGAGGCGAGAUUAUCCUCAUCGUGCGUCAUGGAGCGCGUAUCUCAACAUACGAAAUACCAAACGACUCAAUUGCUCAUUGAAAGUAACACCGAUCCAGCGGAUAGUGUAUGAAAAGACUAAAAAAAAAGAAAAAGAAAAUUUAUUUGUGAAGAAAUUAAAGAAAAAAAAGAUGAAAAAUCUUGCCGCUGAGAGACUUUCCUUGGCCCUCCAUUUUAUUCUUCUUAUUAGUCCCUCCCUCUGUGUGUGGCUAAAAGAAUGGAGAAGGAUUUCUAAUUGUAAAGUAAAAAAAACGCGAGAAAUAUACUCACUACAAACAAUUUUUCUUUCAUUAAAAGAGAGGAAAAGAGGCAAAAAGAAAUGAAAAUAAUUUCAAUGUGAGUGACGAUGGGAGAUAAGAAAUGAGAUAACAAAAAAAAACGUUGGAGAUGAUGGGAAGGAAAUAUUCUUUAGAUAGAAUGUGGAGAGAAAGUAUAAACAAUUAAUAAAAAAUUAUAUAUAAAUAUGGAUAAUAUUUUAACCCCUCUUCCCAACCUCCAAAAAAAAGAAAAUCAUUGAAUGUUGGUUAGAUUUUAAGGCUAUACUUAAUGAAAGAAAAAGAAAAACAAGAGAAAAAGAGAUAUAAGACGAAAUUUUUUUAAAUAAAAAUUAUCACAAGAUUUUACUUUAAGAAUAAUUCUAAUUAAUUUUUCAUAAUAACAAUAAUAAGAUAUUUUUUAGAGAACAAAAAAAUAAGCCAAGAUUUAAGAUUUCUCCCUCACUUUGCCCUUUGAUCUGCUGCUGAACUUUUGGUUUAUUAGGGGCACAAAGUGACCACCAAAUACGGCGGUCAAAGGGCACGGAGAAAGAGAAGGAAGAAAAAAAAAGUAUAAAAUGAAAAGAAAAAAAUCGAGUAAUUAUUUGAUUAAGAAAAAAAACGAAUUAACAAUGAUAAAAAAAAUAUAUUAAAAAUUUAUAAGAAAAUACAAAAUAUUUUUAUUUAAGAAAUAUUUUAAGAGUUCUAAAUGAAAAAAAAAUGAAUUUUUAUUGUAUAACUCUACAAAACAAUAACAAUGCAGAACAUAUUUUUGGAAAAAAUGUUAAAAUAUCGCGCUCCCCGACCCUCCCAGAUCUAUUUUUAUUUCACCCGAGAUUUUUGUCAUGUGCCAAACAAAAAAACAAGAAUUAAGCAACACCGAGACAAGAAAAAAAAUUAUAUAUAAUUGUAAAUAGAAUUUUAGAGAAAACAAAACAGAGAAAUUAUCAAUAGAAAAUGUAAUACACGGAGAAAAAUAACUACUAAUACUAGCUGGAAACUCUUGCUAUGCCAACAGUUUGGCGUCAGAAUUGUUACAUUGUUGGCAGAGCUGGAGUUUGCUUCUAACUCAACUACAAACUGGCUAUGUCGCCAAUGAGUCAGAAGGAAAUGGCGUAUAUGCACACACAUUUUGUCUCAUUCGUUUUGAUUUUUGUAUGCCAUAAUUGGAGAAAAAGAGACAUCUAUAUCUUUAAAAUUAUAUAUCUCGUCUUUUCACAAGUCGGCAAAGCCGUCGACUGAAGUAGCAUGUUACGCAUCUGCACAAGAUUUAUAAAGCAAAUACGAGACAAGGUUGCGCAGUCGACGAAAAGCCACAGUGACAAAUGUGUGAGAAGAGCAGAAAAUCUCAUUUGAUUCUACAGGAAUUUCUAGUUGGCACAGCUGGAGUCUCCGGCUAGUGCAAAUGGACAGUGGCGGGUACAAUAACAUUAUAACUUGCUAUUGUAACAAGUACUGAAUUUUUGCGCCGCCUCAACUUUUUUCUUUCCGUGUAGUAAGAGAACGAGAGGAAAAAAAAAGAGUAAUGGCAAAGCGCUAAAAGCGAGAAGAGAGAUAAAUGUUUUGACUUCCAUUCGAAAGAAGUGAUUGAAAUGGGAAAUAUUUCACUGCCACAAAAAUUUUUAAGAGAGGAGGAAACGUCUAAUUCUUAACUAAUUCAAUUUACUAAAUAUUAAAAAGAAGAAGAAAAGAAAAACAAUGUACGUACAAUUCCCAUGGUUUUUGUAAGGAAAGAAAAAGAGGGGAUAUUUACAGAACAAAGACAAAAGACGAAGGAAGAAUGUUUUAAAAAAGAGAAAAAAUGAACCCCAAAAGAAAAAAUUCUACCGUGUUUUAUUGUUAUUAUAGAAAGAAGAAAUAAAACUCCAAUAAAUUGUAAUAGAUGUUAUAUAAAUAUUAAAACAAAAUGUGAAUUUUUCCCGGAAAGAAAGUUUAUGGAACGAAGGUAGCUAAAAAGGACAAAAGGAAGAAGAAAAUGUUUUACAAGAGAGAGAAAGAGAUCCGAAUGGUGCUAGAAUGGAAAAAUAUUUGUCAUUGCAAUUUUUCUUUUAAAAAACUCAUUACAUUAUAAUUUUAUUAAUUCAUCUCCCAUUUUUCUGGGUAACAUAAUAACAUAUCAAAUCACAUUUCUUUCUGUUGAGUCUUUUUUAUUCCACACAAUAAAAAAAAGUAAAGCAUUA